AUAAAGGGUGCAAGGGUGGUGCUCUGUCGGUAGUUCUCUAUCUGGAUGGAUAUAUCACAAAGGGUCUAAAUGUCUUCUUCCUCAAAUACUGUUCAUAGGUCGCGUUUGUACGACUUAUUAAGCGUCUGUACUAUACUUCCCUUACAGCUGUUUCACUGCAGGUGGGUUGCGAUCUAGAUUAUCAAUACAAUUGUAAUUAGUAUUAUUAUUACUACUAUUAUUAAUAUCCUUGACAAGGAUGUUAUAAAAGGAAGUUCCAAUCAUCUUAACCUAAUUUGUCACAAAGUUAAAUGGUCUGUUAUGGCAUAGUGCGACAGUACUUUUAUAAAAAAAAGUGCGACAGUUUUUUUUAAUUACAAAGUGCGACAAGUAUUACAAAGCACGAUAACUUUAUCACCACUAAGUGCGAUAUAACUACUGCAAAGUAAGACAGAUUAUUUCGGCAGAACACUACUCUGGAUAGUAAAAUUGCUGAAUAGGAAAACUAAAAAAUACGGAACAGCUACCCAACAACAACUCCACUUGGAGCAACCACAACUGUUAUUUGAAGACGGAGAGUGACCAAAACGGUGAGACGUGUUCUGAAAGUUUUGAUUCUUGGAAUAUGUUUAUGGAUCACAUGUACUGACAAACAGUACGAAUAGUUCUUGGUCUGAGCUGCAAACUGAAUUAUACCUUAAUACUCUGUUUAUUACAGUCUUUCGAUAGCCGUUUUAUUUUUUAUGUAUUUUUAUUUUGCGAUGAAGUGCGAAGCAUCGAUUGCCUGACAUUUAACUGUCAGACAUCAAAGGCCUUAAAAUAAAACUUUCAACUAUCGAAACCGCCAAAAAGUCAACCGUCGAAACAGGAAAAAAAUCAACCGUGGAUCUCCAUCAAAGUUGAUCUCCAUCAAAGUUGAACUGAAAAACAACGACAAAAACAGCAAACGAGUAACGGUAAGUACAUCCAUAAACAAUUCUAACUUGAUUUUAAGUUAGACGAGAGAGAAUCGUAACAAAAUUAAAAAAAAUUCUUUUAUAUAAUUUUAUUUCUUUUAUAGAAAUUUGCUACCGUCCAAAUAUUCAGAAGUAAAGGUUUGUUUUCUUAAUAGGUUACCAAAAAAGGAAUGGCUGGUAUCAUGGAUUUUAACACAUGGAACAUCUUCUGGAAAGCUUGUUUCGGUUUAUUAGCGAGUUUGAUCUCUGUAGGAGAUGCUCUCACCGACUGGAUAUUCUUCAAACAGAGACGUCACAAACGAACCUACUCUCUUCUCAUUAGCUUGGCUGUGACCGAUUUGCUGGUUGGGAGUUUGGCCAUCCCACUUUCUAUCAAAGCAGUUGGAUCAGAGGGGUGGGAUGCCUGGGACAUCAUUUCUAUCGAUGUUGACGUUUUAACAGGCACAAGGUCCAUCUACACUGUCGCUGUCAUUUCCUUGGAGAGAAUGUUCGCCGUCGGUUGGCCUCUUCGAUACAGAACUAUAAACUUCCGUGUUUACAUCUGCGCUAUCAUCAUGCCGUGGAUCACAGUGGCAAUGUUUACUACUUUGAUGGUGUUUCGGCAGUUUCUUAUGAUAGAGAGGAUGGAACUCUCUCACGUUAUUAAUUUGAUUUGUGGAAUCCCUCUGUUAACUACAUGUGUGGCAAACUUUGUUGUUUGGAAGAAGCAGAAAUCGCCAUUUUGCAAUCCGAAUCGUGUUAAAAGAGAAGCGAAAUUGGCGAAGACACUAGCUCUCGUAACAACAGCAUCACUUUUAACCUGGCUUCCUUUUCAAAUCCUAAAUCUUUUUUUCUCAAUUGAAAGUCAUGAAAAAUUUCUACUCCGAUUCCUCUCAACUCUUCCCGCGGGCGGAAAAGCGGAUGUCCUGCGGCACUGAUAUUGAUAAUGACGGUCUGCUUGCA